ACUACUUUUCAUCAUCUAGAAAAGUUUUUCCCCAUGAUAUAAAUGGUUGAUAGCCUCGUCUCCUCUCCUUAUUCACCAAUCACUUACCCGUUCUUCUCUUCAAAGCUGGAAGAUUAGCUUCAAACAGUCCAAUAUUUCUACUUAAGAUCUUUUUCCAUUUGUUGUUGUUCUAAAUGGAGAUCAACAAUAUCAACGGGGAAUGGCAACAAAAGGAUUUGUUCAAUGAAUUAGUACAAGCGAGAGACUUAGUAAAGAAGCUGAAGAUUCAUCUUCAUAAAUCUUCUCCAGCAGGAGAGGUACUAUUAGAAGAUGCCAUAUCGGCGCUUGAUAGAGCGAUUUCAACAACGACUAGAUCCGGGUGGGAUGUCGCUCCCACUCACCUGACAACAAGAACCAGUGCUACGAGUUCAGCCGAUUCGCCGCCAUUGAAGAACUGUAGCCCAAGAAGUGAUGAUUCUGAUCCGCACAGUAAAGAUAUAUUGAAGAGAAGGAAAAUACAACCUAUAUGGACUGAAAAAGUUAGUGUUGGUUCGGGAGCUGGAAUAGAAGGAUCCUCUAAUGAUUGUUAUAGUUGGAGAAAGUAUGGUCAAAAGGAUAUACAUGGAGCCAGGCAUCCAAGAAGUUAUUAUCGGUGUACCUACCGGAAUAAUCAAGGAUGUAUGGCGACAAGGCAAGUUCAACGAUCUAGUGAAGACCCUUCUGUUUACGAUGUUACUUAUCGAGGAAAGCAUAGUUGUCUCCAAGCAUCCCAUUUACAAGCUAAGCACAACCAAUGCAAAAAUCAGAGCCAGGAUCAUCAAGAAGAAGAUCAAAAUCCUGAACAGUCACAGGAAGGGAUCUUUGAAAUCUUUGGAAAAGGUCUAAGAAUCAAAACUGAAGACGAAUUAUUACUGGACUCACAAAAGCUCUCUUCUUCAUCAUCGUCCUUCUCUUUCCCUUCUUCUUCGACGCCAGUUGAUUUUGUUAAGAUGGAAAACCACAACUUCUCGCCGUUCGACCGGAACUAUUUUCUAUCGUCAUACCAUGUACAGUUGAAUGGAGAAGAUACAAACACUAUCCAUAAUAUUUCGGAUCAUCGUCAGUCUAAUUUUGAUGACGCAGUUUUACUUGACCUGGUGGAGCUUAACCAAUAUUCCCCAUUUGACUACUUCCAUCCUUAGCUUCAUACUCUUCAUUUGCUCGUUUGGUUCUAACUUACAGAUUAGUUAGUAUUCUAAAGACGGUGUUUAUGUGACUGUCGGUGUGGAACAGUUUUUUUUUUUUGUUUUUUUUUUUUUGCAUGUCUUAUCUUAACGAUUUCAUAUUAUUUUUUUGUUAACAUGGGUUUUUGUUGAUGAACAUCAUUUAGACAAUCUAGUAAGUGUAUGGCUUUCUUCUAUAGAAAGGAUUCUUCAAUGUGCUUGCUUUCUGCUUAACUUAUACCCUGAGCAGGUUAUAGAUUUUUCUAUAUCUC